AGAUAUCUAUCUUGUCAGCGCAUAUACUCUUUGGUAAAUACGAACGAAUAAACAAGAGGCAGAUGACUAUCUUACAUUACACAAAUCGGCGAGCGACUCUCGUUUAAAACUGGCAUUUUAACUAAUGCCAACCAACGUAAGCAGCUACGACUGGUGCUAACGCUUCAAAAAUAACUUAGUCAACUUUGUUCAUGUGAGUCACCGACUGUUAAACACUAACUUCAAGUUGUUCGUUUUCCGUAACUACAAUUCCCACAAUUCUCUGAACGUAACGUACGUACUUUCUAGAAUAUUGACGAUACUUCUGGCGCGACUCACUUUUUCAGAAUAGCUACCCAAAAGCAAGCCCACCAUUCAGGCAGCUCAGACCACAGGGGCAUUUAAUGUGGGGGCUGUUUCUGCAUGCAAGUUGCUUCAAUAUUAAGUUAGUGAGACUUUCGCGUGUAAAGCCUGUUGCUGUGUGCUAAUGGCGUCAUUCCGGAGGAAAACAAAGUGGACUGACGGAGACUAGCUAACGUUAAACAUCAACAACAAAAACACGAAGGGGCAGGGCAGCUGCACAGAUCAGCUCGGGUCAGUUUUCAGUGAACUACCCGUGUCACCUCCAAUAAUUUCACCGACUGGACCACCCUGUUCCCACUAGCAGUGAACUGGGGUUCCUGCCAGCCAUGUAUUCAUUUUCAGGCCCCACAAGCAUCCCUGAAUUUGAUCUCGCAUCUCCAAGUACGUCUGGCCAUCUACAGAGAGCAACUCUCUCUAACAACAGCUGGGGGACAAGGUGCCUCAGGAAGCACAGGAGGAGAGUUGAUGAUGAGGGAUGCAGUGCUAAAAGGAGGAGGUUAACGUUGGAGGCAGAAGUGGACAUUUCAGAGAACACAAACACUAGCAUUUGUAAUGACGGGCCGACAGCAAACAGCUGCUCUCCUGUGUCUGCUCAGCAAGCCAGCCCUGCACCUCCACAGCCCUGCUCAGCAUCGCAACCCUCUACUUCGUUGCAGCCCUCGUCUGCUCUGUCCCGACCCGAGACAGAGAGCUCCUGCAUGGAGAUAGAGACGGCUCAGAGGAAACUUCAGGAGAUUGAAGACAGAAUCACGCUGGAGGAUGACGAUGAGGACGAAGAUCUGGAUGUGGAGCCGGCCCCUAGACGGCCAGUGCUGGUGAUCUCUGACAGUUUGAAGGAGGGUCUGCAGCGCGGCAUCAAUGACAUCCUUCUGCACACAGUAGCCCAGUCUGUGUAUGUUCCACCAAGGAGCCACUCCUGCAUGGAGUUGGUAUUGUGGCGCCCACCAGACGAUCCCUUCAGUCGGCGGCGAAAGGGCUCAUUACAGAAACAAAGUAAACAACAGACAGUAUCUCGGCAACCCCCGACUCCGUGUCCAUCUCCCACCCCUCACAGCCCCUCCAGUCCACCUCCAGACACACACUCCCCUCUGUACAGCUUUCCUGUGGCCCACAGUUCUGGAGAGGAGGACAUGGAAAUGUAAAGGUGCUUGAUGACUUGAAAGGACAUGCCAAAGUAAGAGACUUGAAAUGUAGUCGCACAAAAGACUAUAACAGGACUCAGAACCACUUGAAGUUCAUCUGUUUGGCAAGGUAUGUUGGCUUUACAUGAAUGUUGUGCCAUUUUGGACAGUUUAGGCAACACAUCUUUUGCUUUACAGUCACUCAGUAUGGGUUUUUUGACUAUAAUCCAGUGCAACUAUAUAAAGAAAAUGUAACAAUGCUGACUGAUUAAUAUUUUUUAUUUAUUUAAAUCUCCAGUGUAACUGUCAUGAUCUCAAUAUUUGGUACAGUUCUUUAGACAGCCUUACAAAACCAAAUUAAUAUGAUUUACAGAAUUAACCUUUGCCCUUAGAAAUGAGAUAAUUUGUACAUAAAUUUGCCAAAGCCUGCCAACAACACACUGAUGUACUGUAAAUGUAAUGUUCUUUGUUAAACAUCAGUGUCUGAAUUUUGUACAGUUUUUAUGUUCAUCUUCUGGGCAUCGUAAACAGGACACAAAACAUUGUUCCUUUGGGGUCACAUUUGCUCGCAGCAUGCCUUCCUGCUUGCUGUUGUACUUGUUGUGGUAGAAAGACUAUCUUCCUGUAGAACUUAGCAAGUAUGCCAUCUAUGAGUAUAUUUGCAUUUUUUUCAUGAUUUGAUUGUAUUUUCAUAUAUACAUUACCAGCAUUGCAAACAGCCAUAGAGUGUUAUCACCUUUUAUUUGUUUUUGAAUAAACUCUUACGUUGUCCAUGUAGAAA